AUGGCUUCAUUCGAGACUUCGCAGUCUUGGCUGCCUAAGCGACAACUCGCUGAUAGCGGGGAUAGCGCUCAGUCCUUGGAGUACCAUGAUUACACAGUCGGGUGGAUCUCUGCUCUUCCGCUUGAGAUGACAGCUGCUCGGGCUAUGCUAGAUCAUGGACAUGAGCCACUUCGCCAGCAUCCACAGGACAGCAACUGUUACGAAUUCGGAAGUAUCAAUGGUCAUAAUGUGGUUAUUGCUUGUCUACCCAAAGCACAGUACGGCAAUAACAAUGCGGCCAUUGUUGCGAAUAACAUGAACAGGACUUUUCCUCACCUCCAAUAUCGUCUGUUGGUCGGUAUCGCCGGUGGGGCACCCGGUGCAGUUGACGUACGCCUGGGAGAUGUCGUGGUCAGCACAGAUGCCAUACAAUACGAUCUGGGGAAAGCCUUGCCCAACAAUCACUUUCAGCGAAUUGCGAACGCCAUAAGUCCUCCCCAGGCACUACUGACAGUCGUUUCAAAGCUUGAGGCCAGCCAUAUAGGAGGACAAAAUCGAAUGCUCUAG